AUGUGGUGUGUCCUAGGGUAACAAAGACGGGGACGCAAAAGCCGAAAGAGAAGAGUCUCUGGAGAGGGAGAGAGAGAGAGAAGAGAAAGAUGAAGCUUUCGCUGAAAGUUCAAGAUCAGGACCAGACUCCCCAAUCCCAACACCACCACCCACUCCUCCUCCGUGCCAAAGUCCCCAUCACCGUCUUCGGCCUCCCCUUCCUCUCCGGCAUCUCCGCCACAGACCCUUCCAACCUCUCCUUAUCUCUCCGCUCCAACUUCCCCUCCGGCCCUUCCCUCAAACUCUCCUACUCCCCCACCACCACCACCACCACUACCCCUCUCUCCCUCACUCUCAAAUCCGGAAUCAGCCUCUUCGGCUCCCCACACAACUCCCCCCUCAUCAUCUCCGCCCACUUCACUGUCUCCCCUCAAAACCCUAACUCUCCCCCGUCUUUCUCUCUCCAAUUCAAGCCCCAAUUCGGUGAUUUCUCUCUCUCCAAAACCACCCAUUCCUCAAACCCUAAUUCCAAAUUCAAUUUCGACGCCACUUCAAUAGGGUUUGUUCCGCUCGAGCGACCUCUGGCCUGGAAGGACUUGACUCUGGAGUCUAAAGACUCACUCUUGUCCGGAAUUGCUGUCACGGCGAGGACCGCAUUGCCGGUGACGAAGCGGGUUGCGAUGAAUUUCCGUUGGGGGGUCAAUUUUCCUUCUGAUAUCAGGAAACAAUUGCCUUUCCUAACUGUGAAUAAGAUUGGUAUAGAGAGGGUUGAUGAGGUAAAGGAAACGAAGGAAGUGAAGGUGAAGAAUAGUGAGAGUAAUUUAGGUGAUUUGGAGCUAUUGAAGGGCUUGUGUCUCUCGGUGACCCGAGAAUUGGAGGUUUUGCAGGUGGAGAAUAGAGAGAUAAAGCAGAGAUUGGAGGAGAUGAGAUUCGGAAAGUGGCGUGGGCACAGUGAAAAUGUGGCGAAAAAGGUGUCACCUGUGAUGGAGAGUUCUGGUGAGUUUGAGCAGUGGAAGAGCAAGAAGAGCGGCGGGGAAGAGAAUGGGAGGAAAGAAUUGAAGAAGAAUGCGAAUCGGGCGAGUGAUGUAGAGAGCGAAUUGCAGAAAGCUAUAAUGGCUGCUGCCUCUCAAUGAGGAUUUUGUUGCCUGUUUAAAUCAUCACGCGAAGACCUGCUUACAUUAGAUCUGUUUAUUGGUGGUAUUAGGUAGAUCAGUAGUGGCUUUGUCCAAAUCAUUAGACAGUUGUGCAUUGCUUUGUAAAAGCCAAAGUUGCUUAGGCAAUUGUAGGAGCCAAUGAGAUAUUCUGUAUGGCGAUAAACAUCUCCUUCAUCACAAGCAUUAAAGCAGUAGAUUUUGUCAGCAAAAACCAUGAGACUGGCUGGUGUUUCCGAGCUAAACUUCAUCCCUGUUUCUUCUUCUGUUGUCUUUUCGUCUUGGUAGUUGAUUAUAUUUAUGAGAUUAUUGUGUUGUUUAGAAA